UACAGAAAGAGAAGAACUGAUGAAUAAAAAAAAACGAGCGUUAAGUUGCUCCCUAUUUUCGCUUUGAAGCAUCGUCUCUUCUACCAAAUCACGUCUUUCUCUUUCUCUCUCUAGAUUUUGUUUUCAAAACUUCGCAGACAUUUGAAGUUCUUUUACAAACCCUAAUUCGUCUAUUUGAACUCCUCGUGUUCGAGCGACCAAUUCAUUUAGAAAUAGGAUAUCAGUUAGGUUCUCUUGCAGAUUAACAAUACUAAAGUUGUCUUAUUGCAAGGGUUCCAUGGCAGGCAAUGGCCUGCCAUCUUUGGGUCGUGUGAAGCUCACUGAUCUAAUAGCCUCUGAAGGCCUUCCUUCUGAUUCGUACAAACUAUCAGUAUCAACUUUGUCACAAUCACUGGUUCAAUAUUCGGCUGCCAUCAUUCAACUACCUGUGGGAGAUGGGGCUCUUUUGAGAUCUUGUUUGGAAUCUGCUCGUCUCUACUUCCAUCAAAGGCCAUCGUAUCCAUCGGCAGAUAUGAUUCAUACCAAUGACUCCCGUGAGUGGUGCAAGACCUCUGGUUACUAUGCAGAUCCUCAUCUGUGGCAAGAAACGUAUGAUUUUCGACCAGGUCUGACCCUCACAGAGGCCAACAACGAAAUGGAGUUCCCUCCGGCUGGUCUGGUGGACGUAUUUGCGCUACUUGGAAAAGCAGCGCGGGAUAUACUGGAUGCGGUCAGCUUCUAUUUGAAUUUGCGCAGUUCUCCAUUUACUGAAAUACUUGAUAAUGUUCCCCUGAGAAAUCGAGAAGUUUCAUCCUCGGUACUCUCCAUUUGUUGCAAUGGAAGGCCAUCAUUUCAGGGAGCUCAACACCACAAUUUGACAUCCCAAGAGGAUGGUCAGUUGGUCAUGUUUUCUGACCAUGAGCAUCAGUUUGAUAAAAGCCUGAUAUCUCUUGUUAAGUCAGAUAAGGCAGGUUUACAUGUAAGAGACUCUCAUGGUCGGUGGGUUCUUGUGGAUGGAGAUCUUGGCCCCCAAGAAGCCAUUGUUUAUCCUGGACUUGCUCUCUACCAAGCAACGGCAGGCUAUGUCAGCCCUGCAGUGCACCGAACGGAGAUUGGUAAUCUGCAGAAUAACAUCUAUGGACGUUGUUCUCUGGCUUUCAAGCUCAUGCCUAGAUCCAUGACCAGUCUUAAUUGUGCAGAGAUGAGAGCAGCUGGUCAUGGGGUUGAAGCUCAGUUCCAGCUUCCUGUACCAGUGGAUGACUUCAUGCAGAGACCCCACUCUACUGAUCAACUUUUUAACAGGCACAAUUUUCCAAGUUCCAAUUAUCCUGCAGCCCAAGAUGGAUCCAUGAAACCAAUGAGGAGGAGGAAGAAUAAUUCAAGAUGCAGACCACUUCCACCUUCCAAGAGAUUGAGACUUGAGGCACAGAGAGUUCUGAAGGAGAGGGUUCAAGACAUUGCUGAUAAGAAGGGCAUUAAGCUGAGGUUCUGCGCUCUGAGGGAGUGUGAAAGUCACAUCCACACACUUGAUAGCCCAUGUGCCAAUACAAGAAUGGAGAUUGGGUGGCCACCAGGAGUGCCAUUUGUUCAUCCCCAUGAUCUACCUAACAAGGCAAAGAUCGGAUUUCUUGAAACUUAUGAACCUGGUUGGAUGGCCACUCAUGAUAUGGAGUUAAGUCUCAUCGAAUCUGGACAGUCAAGUCAACACUCGGCUAACUGUAACUGUAACUCUCUUGUGCAAUUCUGAUAUCUGCUGCAUAUGCAUGCUUAUAUUUCGGAUUGCUCUAGUUUUCUUAACUUUGCACACACACAUGCUUGUAUCAUUAGCAAAAGGCUUGUUACCUUUUAGUGUUGAACUAUAAUCCUUGUUUUGCCAAUCAACUGAUUUAUAUUUACUCUUUAUAAGCAGCAUGCUUGUACCAUGUCCUUAAAAGUAGGAAAUAUCUUUUGUUUAAAUUAUAUAUGAAAAUUGGAAGUUUGACGUGGCAUUUCUAGGACGAGAAUGUAAACCAAAUUCACACUCCUGGAAUAUGAAGACCUGACUGAUAUUAACUGGUCAAACAUAUAAAAGUUUUGCAAUAGUAAAAUUAUAUAGUGCUCUUUCUGACAUUUAUGAAGUAUAUAUUUUAUCGGUUUCCUAUGUAUCAAUGGGCAUAAUAAUACGUGAUUUGCUUUCCUUUGUGUUUGUGCCUUUACAAACAUAUAAUCCAUAAGAACGUACGUUUUGGAUGAGGGUUAUGCUUAUACAGUAACACCUUUUGCCUUCCAGUUUAUCGAAAUUUAGACCAAAGAAUUGUCUGGUUCAUUUUGAAUAGCUAAAGGUUUGUGUCUUUGUUGAUACAUGUUCCUCCUCAUCACAACAAAUGGUCCUUGUUGAGGUUCAUGUUAAAGAUUUUCAGUUUUCCCUGCACAGUGGUCAACUAUUUCAUCUAGGAUAUUUCUGGAUCUGUUGUAAAGUUGAAUAUGCUUGAGUAGGCUGAACGGGGGCCUUUGUUGGGACAACAUUGUCAAGAUUUCACCCACCGAAUAGGCUGGCCCUCUUUAAAUAGCUAAGAAUUAUUUAAUUUGUUGGUACAUGUUUUCCCUCACCCUCCUUGAGGUUCAUGUUAUUGGUGUUUAUUCCUGCAUAGGUGGUAAUCUAUAUUACUUUUUUUAGAUAUUUAGUAGCUCUCUAAGUUGGUAGCAACAUUUAUUGUGCUUGAGCAGGCUGAAUGGUGGGAAUAGUUGGGACAACUUUAUGUUGAGAAUUAUAUUCUUGUGCACAUGAUAUUAUAUAUUUUACUCUCUGAUCAAGAGUUUGGUGCUUAUGCGAAGCUUUCAUUGUAAAGAGAAGAUGCCCUUCGAUGGAGAAUGCCCCAACUUAUACAGUCUCCAAGUUUAUUUUGUAGGUAUUUGUAAUUUCAACAUUUAUCAAACAAACCGAUGUGCCAGGCAAGCAUAGAAACAUGAGAGAGAUUUUGUUUUUUACUUUAAUUUUCAUAAUUUCAAAGUUUUGGGGUUUCUUUAAUUUAGGGUUUGUCUUUUCUGAUUUUUUAGCUGAGAGUUUACCUAUAUAUAUGGUUUGAUAUCGAGAAUUUGAGAUUGAAUGUUUUGGUUGAUUGAGAAUAAUAGAAGUUUGAUUUGUCCUAAUUUCUUAUCUCAUCCUUUACCUUCUUAUCUUCUCUGCCCUCGUGCAACACUGGUAUCAGAGCAGACUCUCAGCCUGCUUCCAAUCACACUGUUCUUUUCUCCCUUCUCUUCUUCUCUGCCCUCUUGCAUCAUAUCUCCUUGCAGCAUUUGUUAUUUUAUUUUUAUUAUUUAUUUAUUUAUUUAUUUAUUUUUGUCAUUUCCAUAUGUUAUCUUCUUUCCUUGGCUUUGGAUGCUCUUAACAGAAUUUACAUCUAUUGGCUUGUCU